CAUUGUACACACAAUUUCGACUUCCGGUACUUCUGGAUGAUGUUUGUGUUGAUGAGAGCAGAAGAUAUUUAACUUCUAACAUUUGAAUGGAAAGUUUAACCUAGCGUUAUGGAAAGAGUUUGUAUGUCUCGACAUUUGCAGGAGGUACUACGUACCUGUAGGAGACGAAAUAUCAGUGUGUCAUAUGGCGGACUAGUAGUACAUGGCUUACGCAACUACUGUAGGUCACCACAUGCCCUACAUGGAGAUGCAUACAAACAUUGCCAAAGUAUGGGUAAUCCAAGACAGAAAAUGGGAACUUAUUCAGCACUGUUUGAAAAGCAUCUAUGGAAGGCUGAUACUAGAACAAUGUUGGGAGGUAAAUCAAUUUCAGUUGAAGGAGCAGGUCAUGUCUACCAGAUUCAAAAUAUAAGUACUUCGGCAAAGAGAAUUAAUAGUGAAAAAGGAAGUGAAAAAGGAAGUGAAAAAGACAGCAAAAGAUAUGGUGGAAAGGACAAGAUAGAAGAUCUGUUUAAUUUACAAAUGCAACUGGGAGCGGUUGCUGGGUUAGGAAUUUUAGCGUCGUUAAUUCUAAUGUAUUCAAGAUUGCCUGUGUUGGAUACAUCUCAAGAGUUGAAAUCCAUUCUGCUGAACAAUGAGAUUGAACGAAUAAUAAUUGUACACAAGUUUCCUCUUUGUCAACACGUAACAUUUGAGGGGAAAGAUGAACACCAAAUGAGAGAGGGCCACAUUUACCGAAUAAGAAGUAAGAAUAGAUUUCUACACAAUCUAAAAAAGACAUACGAAGAAAUGGAGAUUGAUCCUUCAGAAAGAUUAGAGACAAAAGUUGUCGACAACAGAAUUCAAUAUACUGCACUAAUAGGCCUGUUGUUAAUGCCUGUAUUGAUGAGGAAAACAGGAUUAAUGGGCAAUAUAUCUAAACCGGGUAGAAACAUCGCUAAAAAAACUCAGCAAACCACUGCUCAUCCAAAAGCGGAAAAAACAAUGGUGGAUAUGUUGCUAGGAGAUCGGGCUAAUGCAGGUUACGUACGAGGAGACAUUCUUUCCAAACAAGGAAAUGGAGUAACGUUUAAGGAAGUAGCGGGAUUGAAGGAGGCAAAGUAUGAAGUCAUGGAGUUUGUUGACUACCUGAAGAGCUCAGAAAAUGUUAGAAAACUUGGCGGGAAGCAUCCCCGUGGAGUGCUGCUCCUGGGGCCCCCUGGCUGUGGGAAAACCCUUCUGGCUAAGGCAGUGGCUACAGAGGCUGGCGUUCCCUUCUUUGCUUUGGCAGGCUCACAGUUUGUGGAAAUGUUAGGAGGGCUUGGUGCGUCCAGAAUGAGAAAUCUUUUCAAAGAAGCACGUCAACAAGCUCCCUGCAUUAUCUAUGUAGAUGAGAUAGAUGCCAUAGGAAAAAAACGGAAAGGGAGUGCGGCUGACUCUGAAGAAGAACACACACUGAACCAGCUACUAGUGGAGCUUGAUGGUAUGGGAACCACUGAAGGGAUCAUUAUGAUCGCCUCAACCAACCGCUCUGAUGUCUUAGACAAGGCUCUGAUGAGACCAGGAAGGUUUGACAGACAGAUACAAAUUGACUUUCCAACAGUGGAUGAGAGAGAGGAAAUCUUCCAUGUAUAUAUGAAGAAGUUAAAGAUGACAGCUGAUUACAAGGAGCUUGCCCCUCGCCUGGCACAGCUCACCACUGGCAUGAGCGGAGCUGACAUUGCCAACAUUUGUAACGAAGCUGCUCUCCAUGCUGCCCGCCACGCAAACGACCACGUCACCAUGGGAGAUUUCUACUUCGCCAUCGAGAGAAUUGUUGCAGGUGCUGAGAAAAAAAGGAGUGUGAUCACCCAGGAGGACCGAAAAGUAGUGGCUUACCAUGAGGCUGGACACGCACUGGUGGGCUGGCUGCUCCAACAUAGCGACGCCUUACUUCAGGUUUCCAUUGUUCCUAGAACCAAUAAUAUACUUGGCUUUGCACAGCUGGCUCCUAAGGACAACUAUCUCUACUCCAACCAACAGCUGUUUGACAAAAUGUGUAUGAUGCUUGGUGGACGAGCUGCAGAAAGCAUCACCUUCAACCAUGUCACCUCAGGUGCACAAGAUGACCUUGAUAAGGUGACGAAGCAAGCCUACACACAGAUUCGGAGCUGGGGAAUGAAUGACAGGCUUGGAUGUGUAUCUUUCGACUACUCAGAAAAGUCGCCAUUGUUGCCAUACAGCAAAUCUCUAUCCAACAUCAUGGAUGAGGAGGUAAAGAAACUAGUGGUCAAAGCGUACCUGGCAACACAAAACCUUCUAAUGGAAAACAGAGCCAAGCUUGAAUUGUUGGCCAGCACUCUCCUGGAGAAGGAAAGUCUGACAUAUGAUGAGGUUCGUGAUCUGAUUGGACCUCCACCUCAUGGGGACAAGAUCAAAGUGGAGACCAGGCAGAUUAUGUCUGACGCAGCCAAAGAGGCAAAGUCACAAUCUAAAACAACAAAUGAUUAAUACGAAAUCAAAGUCAAAGUAUAUAAACAUAAAACCAUUAAAUAAAGUAGACAGUGGUUUCUGUAAAUAAAUCCAGUCUAAAAAAUGUCAUUUUCAGAUUGCCCGAGUCUUCGUUACCUGGACCCUAGAUAUGUACUGUACCACACAGUAAAUGCCUUUACUUCCACCAAACCCGACUUUCACAUUUACAUAGAAAAGUAACAAUUCCUUCUGUGUUUGAAUUUGUGUUUAGAAUUUGUUGUUUUGGGAUUGCUAGGUCUGUCAUGGAACUUCAUUUAAACUAUUCACCUUUGUGUUGAACUUAUGGACUGAUUUUGUUGCAGAAUGUGGGAAAUAUAUAGCAGUAAUUAAAAUCAGGCUCAGUUGUAAACUGUCCACAGAGUAAUGCCUACAUGUAUAUAUAUUGAUAGAACUUGAGUAACCGUUCCUUAAACGGUGCUGAUUGGACAACAGUUAUUUUAACAGCAUUUAAAACAUGCUGGAAAGUGUGUUUUGUGUUGUAAAUUACAGUGUCGAGUGCAUGCUUAACUAACUUCAUAUCAACGGGGAUUAUAUAAUCCCAUAAUUGUACAUCUUGAGGAAAACCUUACUACAGUGUAUUUUGUUCAAGAAUGUGCUCCAUAUUUGCUAGUGUGUAUUAAUGACAAAACACAGGUAAAUCAUGCACCUCUGUAUUAAUGACAAAAAACAGGUAAAUCAUGCACCUCUGUAUUAAUGACAAAACACAGGUAAAUCAUGCACCUCUGUAUUAAUGAAAACACAGGUAAAUCAUGCACCUCUGUAUUAAUGAAAACACAG